AUGUCACAAGAAACAAGAAUUACUGUGUCUCAGGAGGCACCAACUUACAGCCCCAAUUUAAAAUCGAGUGCAAGUUUAAACACUUAUGCGUGUAAUUCUUCAGAUAAAAACUGUCAAAUACAAAAACAUUUAUUAGAGCCUUCAAUGAAAUCUUGGAAUCCACAUCGAUAUUCACUUCAAAAAGCUGUUGUAGUAGGGGAAGUUGCUUCGUUACAGGAUGUUCUAAGGGGUAAAAAUAGCCCGCCUUUUGAUUUGGCAUCCUUUCGUGUCUUUGCUGAAGGAAAAAUGUGUGUUGAAUUAAUUGAUUUUUGGUGUGCUGUAGAAAAAUUUCGAACUAUUGAUUCAGUGGCACAUGAAGCACAAGCAAGAUAUAUUUAUGAGACUUAUAUAUCAGAGGAAGGCGUCAAAGAAAUAAAUCUUUCUUCUGCAAUGCGGAAACGAGUACAUAAGAGAUUUUUAGAAGGCUUAAAAACUGCGGAUCCAACAAUAUUUGACGAAACGCAAAACGAAACAGAACUUUUAUUGCUCGCAGAUGUCUAUCCUAAAUUUGUUAACUACGUGCACUUACGUAAAAACUUGGUUUUAUCGCGUAACAUUGCAUUAUGGUGUAUUAAUAUGCCAAGUUUGAAGGAGUUUUUCACAUUUCCAAGUCCAGUGAACGAAGCGGAAUCAAGAUUACACAAUUUCUGUACAUCUUUUCUAGUCCCUGCAGCGACCGCUCUAGCAGUUUUCUGUAAUUUUCCCUAUUUAUAUUUUUACAUACUUUAUGGAUUCUUUGCACGGGUAGUCGCUGGUCCAAGAUUAGAUCCUCAAGCUUUCAUUGUUCUCUUUAUUCUACGGCCAUUAUUCGAAGAUGUCUUACCGAUUAUCCGUUCAGAAUACGUACCAUCAGUACCAAAACAUUUCGCUCAAAUCUGUGGUCUAUUAUUCUCGCUAUUUGGCACAACGUUUUGGUUUUUAAAUUACCACAUGGUCUCAUUCGUAUUUUGGGGAAUAUUAUUUACAGCAGCGUCUUUUGCUGCUAUUUUUGAUUUUUGUGUUGCGUGCGAAUCAAUAUAUUUCGGUGCGCGACAUGGAUGGUUGCCAAAAACUUGGUGUGAAGAUUGUACCACGCAUUAUGUUACCGGUGAAAAUCAUUUGAAGUCCGCUCAAUCAAAAAAACCAACAAAAACAAUAGAGCGUAAAGCUUCUGAGACAUCGCUAAACGAAUUUCAACUGCCAACAAAAAAGAUUAAGGAUGAUAAAUCCGAACACAAACCCCGGAAACAAGGUAUACAGAUAAAAACAUUCAGUGAUGAAGAAUCUGCCAUUCCACUUGAAAAAAAUCUGGACAAGAAUGUCGAAUCAAAUGCAUCUUUAGAAGAAGUGAAGAAUAAAAAGCCGAGAAGUAAAUACAUUACUCGUGAUAUAGCGAAAGAAGCCCUCGAAACAUAUCAAGUGCGUGUCUUAGCGAACGAGAAGUUAACAUAUAAUGAUAUAGAUAUUUUAGACUUUAUUCACUUAACAAAGGGGAUUGAAAAAAGUCCUCUAUCUAUUGACCCCGAGGUCAAGACUGUAAAUUUUAGUGAAGGACGAGGCAUUGAUAAAUUUCUGGUCGACUCGACUGUGAUGAUGACGUUUUGCAAACACGAAUUCAGCGCAUAUGUAUGGACUCCAUUAUUAAGAAAUGCAUUCCUAGGAAAAACAGAUCUAAAACUAAGUUGUGGUACCGAAUUACUAGCCCAAGAAGAUGGAGUUCGGAACACUCGUGGAAAGAAGACUGGUGGCUUUGAGUAUUGUACAAAGAUAAUACUAACUGUUCUGUUUUUCACACUUCCCUCCACAUCUAAAGAUAACAUUAAAGAUAUUGAAGUCUAUAGUAUUCAAUCGAAUGGAUUUCGUUUGACAAUAUCUGCCUCAAAGUAUCUUUUCGAUAAUACCAUCCUUACCAUGGAUCUACAAGAUAUCGAGAUCCCAAGGACCAUGGAAGGCUUUUCGAAAUUAAUAUUGGCUGUGAAGAUCAUCUUAUCUUGGAAAGCUAGAACUAAGAAAACAGACACGUUUUAUCAAGAUUUAAACAAGUGUUAUAGACAUUUAACAAAAGAUAGUAAAUAG